UAGUAUUAUUCUAGCAGGGGAAGCUGUACAUUAUUUUACCUUCUAAUUUUAAACUAUCUCAUAGGUUUUCACUCUCUGUUGAAGUUGAAAGAGGAAGGGGGAAAAUCUGUUUUACUCUUUGUCGAAAUUGAACAAGGAAAGAUGGAAAGAAUCUAUCCAAGAAUUAAGAAUUUAGAGGAGUUGUUAGAUCUUGAAAGUUUACUUCAAGAUGAUGAGUUCUUUACACAGUGCUUAAAUUCGUUGGCUGAACAUCUUGGAGGUGCUGCAUGGACUAUUCAAUGGUCCGCUUAUUUACUACUUCCUGAGAUAAUGGAGGAGAAUUUUCUUAUGGGUGUAAGAUGGACUCUCGGCGGGUAUAUCGGAGGCACAGUCACUGGGAACGAAAUUGUGUUAAUUACCUUCCUCGAACUGAANGGAAAUUUUUUUCCGUUGGAGGAAGUUAUCAUACUUUGA